GUGUUGUGUUUCACUACCGAGCAGCAACCAGCAGGUACACCCUGAAUUUUACACAAGCUCAUCAGACUUGUCAGGACAAUGGUGCUGUCAUGGCAAGCCCAGAGCAACUGAAAGCAGCCUAUGAAGAUGGAUUUGAGCAGUGUGAUGCUGGCUGGGUAUCUGACCAGACUGUUAGGUAUCCAAUUAGACAUCCAAGGGUUGGGUGCUUUGGAGAUAAAAUGGGAAAGAAAGGAGUCAGAACAUACGGGCGCCGCUUUCCUAAUGAGACGUACGAUGUGUAUUGUUAUGUGGAACGCAUGGAAGAUGAAGUGGUUCAUGUCUCAGCCCCUGAAAAGUUCACCUUUGAGGAAGCUAAGGAGUUGUGUCAGCAAAGAGGUGGUGUCAUGGCUUCUGUUGGGAACCUCUACGUGGCCUGGAGGAACGGCUUUGACCAAUGUGACUACGGCUGGCUGGCAGAUGGCAGCGUUCGAUACCCAGCCUCCGUGGCACGGCCCCAGUGUGGUGGAGGUUUACUUGGGGUGAGAACUCUGUAUCGCUAUGAGAACCAAACAGGCUUUCCAUACCCAGAUAGCAAGUUUGACGCCUACUGCUAUGAACGUAAAAAAGUCACAACAGUGCCUACAACUCUUGAGCCUAUGACUCCUCUGCAAACCAAGAGUGUGAAAUUGUCAUCUGCUAAAAUUACUUUUACACCUCCUGUCUUUGAGACUUCAAUUACUGAAGUGCCUGUCACACAAAAAGAGGCCCCUCCUUUGGAGGAAACAACUCCAGAGACUGAAGAAGGUACAGAAAUGACUACUGAAGUGGUUGAGGAAAAAAGGGAGAUGGAGGAGCUAAGGGAGAACAUUCAGUUCAGCACCCUUCUACCUCAGACUGUCACAGAUGGUGAAAUAAGCCCUUAUGAUACACUGGGAAGGACUGAAUAUGGUGUUUCACCUAGGCUAACUGAGAGCACAUCUGCAGUUGUGGAACUGGAUCACACUUACUCUGAAGCAGAAUUGCCGGAGGAGCAAGGUAGGUCUGAAAGCAUUGAGGACGCUUUCUUGACCUCUGUAAUUUUUCAGGAUAGUACAGCUGUAGCUAAGAGUUCCACUGGUUUGUGGGAAGAUACUGAAACAGGAGAUGCACACAAACAUGAUGCUGAUAAUCAGACUGAACAAAUAGAAGUGGGGCCCAUGAUGACAGCUACAGAUAGCUUGUUAUCGACUUCUUGGAGAGAGUCUCCCAGGACAGGGACUUCAGUUUCACUAACAAAAGAGAAUGUGUAUCAUGGUUCCCACUCAACAAAAGAACCCCCAAAAAACUCUAUGGAGGCAAAAUCUGAUAAGAAACUUACAACUGUUGUAAUCCCUAAAGUAUUGCUCACUGAUCAGUAUGAUCUUACUACAGAGGGGGAGGGCAGUGAGAGCAUGUACACCAUUAUGCCUGAUAGAGUUUCUGGCAUGGCUACUGGUAGUGUCCCAGAAUCAGAUGUGCCUGCUGCAUCAGAGACACCUUUAGAUGAGCAUGCAGUAAUCACUGGACAAUUUUCUACAGAAAAGGAGUCAACGCCAUACAUUAAAUUUAGUUCUGCAACGGUGUUUGAUACUGAGGCAUCCAUUCAAGAAAGCAGAGAGGAUCUGCAGCCUACUGUGACAUCUGAAAUACCUGUAUCCUUUUCUGUUUCAUCUGUUGAUCAAACAGAGUCUGAGGCCAUCACUGUCUCAGGAAGUUCUGAUUUCCCACAAAGCUUUGGAGAAGACACUACAUCUGUUAUCCCCUCAUCUCAGCAAACAGAAGAAUCACCUGUUUUAGAAGAGCAGGAAAAAACACAGAAGCCAGAAAUGAGAACAACGGGUGUUAAGAUCCCUCAUGCCACAUCUGUCAUUCCUCCUUGUGUUUCAGCAGACUCUGAGGGAUGUUCUGCAAGGGAGAAGUUCACACAUGCUCCUCCAGCUUCUAGCACAUGGCUGCCAACAGAUGAAGGUCAGGGGUAUGUGACAGAAGGGUCAUCUCAUACUGAGAGAAUACUUGAGUUAGCUACAGAAGAUGGUGUCUCUGGAAUGGAGCCCACAUCAUCUCCAGGGCAAACUGCAGAAUACACAAGGCAUCCAGGAACUCUGAUUUCAGCAGUUACAGAAGAAACUGGUGCAAGCAUGGAGCCAGCAGAGACCACAAGUAAUGAAGAAGUAGUAUCAGAUGAUUUUGAUCAGAGUAGAGGUACUACAGGUGUCUCCCACACGAGCAGCUCUUUAGAUUUGGAGAUGGCCACAGUAUCCAAAAUAUCAGGGGAAGAAACUAGUGCAACAAUAAGGUCUUUUAGCUCCUCAGGUCUUACUGUGUUACCAACUCCUAUGCCCACAGUCAUGGAGGUAACUGAACAUGAAGGAGGUGAAACAUCGGGAGCUAAGGGAACUGUUAUAUUUACAGACGUAGCAAAGAUAGAUACUGCAGUUCCAGAGAAAGAAUAUGAUGCUUCCCUAAUUCCAGUUACUAUAGAGAGUGAGGUCACUAGAGAUAUGCCACUUACUGAUCAGACUCCUUUUGAUGGUAUCUUUCAUACAGAAGCAACAGAAACAACUGCAAAACAUAGUGAGGUUUUCCCAGAGGAACUCUUCACGAAAGGAAAAGAUAAGCAACCAGGAACUGCCACAGAGUAUACCUUAUCUGUGACAUCUGUCCAAGAAUAUGAACUAAAGACAGAAAAAAGGUCUGAACCGUCUCCAACAGCUGUUCAGAAAAAGCAAGAUGAGACAGGUUCAGCUUAUGAUGAGACAUAUCCAACAACAGAAGUACUAUUGCCUGCAAUGAAGUUCACAGACCAUGGAGGAGUUCCGGGACCUGAUGAAACCAGCACCCAGACCUUGCAUCUCACUGUGGCUCUGAAAGUUGAAACUGCUACUAAUCAAGAUGAAAAGGUCACUAAAAUGAUGCCUGUAACAGCAGGUACCCAAGUAAAACCACAUGAAAGCAGAGGAAGCCCCACCAGGGAAGAAGACAGUGAUGUAGUGAGCUGGGAGUCUGUGUUGCCCUCCCAGAUAAUGCCAACAGGCCAUUCCACUGUGAAAAGCAUUCCUCGUCUGACUUUGGGAGCUUCUCCAAGCCAAACUAGUGAAGGUUCAGGAAUGACUGAAGAACCUGAAGAAAUCAAGCCAGCUGUAUUUGCUGCUAAUGCAACAGAUGAGGCAACAAUUCUCAGUAGUGUAACAACACCAUCCAUCAAAGCUGUAGAAAAACAUCAGCCUACAUCAGCAGCUAAACCUUUUGUUACUCAAAAGUCUCCACGUAUCAUUCCUGAGGAGGAAGAGGAUGUAACAAGCAAUGACAUGAUCAUAAUUGAUGAAUCUGUUUCUCCUGGUAAAGCCACUGCUGAAGACGAUCUGACAGGAAGGUUGUUAGAGCCAGAAAUUGAUAAGGAAUAUUUCACAGCAUCAACUGCUACGUCAGUGGCACGACCUACUGCACCACCCAAAGUGAAGGAGGCCACAGAGGCUUUGCAACCUCAAGAGGUGUCUCCUUCUACUUCACAUCCUGAUAAUGAUAUAAGAUUGUAUGUUAUUCAAAUCACAGGCAAUGACACAGGAGAGCGCAUUGUGCUGGGCCGCUGCAAGUUCCAAGUGGAUGAAAAGAAGUAUGAUGGUUUGGGAAG